CUUCACUCGGCUAAAAUUGGUUUUGCGUCCCCGCGCCAGAUCGCGACAGCUUGAGCAUCCAACACUACAGGAGCGCAGGUAGAAAGGAAAGAAGAGGCAAGAUGAUGAAGCAGGCGAGAUGGACGACAUCCGUAUCGACCUUCUCGCGGUCUUCCAUGGCAUCCGCAUCUGCAUUGCCAGUUCAACAACUCCGGUGCAGUAGUUCAACCACCUCUUCGAGAAAGGACAGCUUAUGGCACCGUAUCUUGCAUGGCAAUCGUGAAUCUCAAGAAGAGAUUGCACAGGCUGUUGAAACGCGGGAAGUCAACUUUAGUCAGAAGAUUGCAAGGGGAAAGUAUAUCCAUGAAAUCAUGACGCAUGAAGUCAAACCGGAGUGUGUCGACGAAUACCUUGCAUUGAUCCGGCAAGCAUAUCCGCUCAUUGCCAAGAAUCCACAGCAUGAAGUCCACCACGUCUGCUCGAUGCAAAAUAUUGUCGGCGAAACAUGGAAGUUCACCCAUAUCUGGGAAUACAAGGGCUACGCAGGGUAUGAUCGAACAACAGAGAUUGCACGCAAUGCAAAGGAAUACCUUGCCUUUCGGCAGAAACUCCAUCCACUCAUCACAAAGCAAACAAACAGCCUCAAUCAAGAAUUUGCAACGCUCAAUACAAUCCCACCACAGACACUCGGUGGAAUCUUUGAGAAACGUACAUACACGCUCGUUCCGGGUUCUUUGCUUGAAUGGGAACGGCACUGGCAGGGUGGCUUGCAAGCACGCAAACAAGUCAUGACACCCGUCGGUGCUUGGUUCUCACAACUCGGCAAACUCAAUACGGUGACGCAUAUCUGGCAGUUUGAUUCUUUUGCCGCUAGAAAGGCUGCUCGAGACAAGUGUUGGGAGAUUGAUGGAUGGGCUGAUACGGUCCACAAGACUGUGCCGCUUGUGACGUCGAUGCAGAGUGAGAUUAUGAAGGCUUGCGAGUUCAGUCCUAUCCGCUAGAUGCUCUUCAUCUGGCUGCUGAGCUCUUGACUAACUGGAUGCUGUUCCUAUACUGGCAAAGGUUCUUUACUUCACAAUGAUGCUUGCAUGGAAUCUCGUAGAAAAUCAAAAAAUAUCAAAAUUGACGUCAA